AUGGCAUCAUCUCGUUUCAUUUUCCUUCUAGUCUGCAUUAUCAUUAUCAUUUCGUCAUACCCGGCUGGCGUCGCUUCAUCCAAGAUCGCCCCUGCUGAACCUUGGGGAUUAGCCAUCAAGCUCAUCCACCAUGAUUCAAUUCAAUCCCCAUAUUACAAUCCAAAUGCCACCAUCUCCGAGCGAGCUGAACGUGCCAUUAACAGUUCACUCGCCCGCAUCCGCUUCUUGAGCAGAAGAAUUGCUACUCCAAAUGAUGACGAUGUUCGUGCCGGUCUCAUCCCAGCCGUUAGCUUAAAAGGUUUCCUUGCCAAAAUAUCCAUCGGGAUGCCACCGGUCCCGCAACUCGUGCUAAUCGACAUGGGAAGCGAUCUCCUUUGGUUUCAAUGCCUGCCUUGCACUCCUUGCUUCAAACAAUCUCCUCUUUUCGAUCCCGCCAAAUCAUCGACGUACUCCAACAUUCGUUGUGGUUCCAGCGCUUGUUUAAAAUCUGGCAACAAGUGCGAUCCUAAUAAUGAGUAUUGCAUUUAUGAAAGGUCGUAUCUUAACAAUGACACCACAGCAGGUAACCUCGCCUCCGAACAAGCGACCUUUGAGACAUCUGAUGAGGGCACGGUAAAGGUGCCGAUUGAGAUGCUCGGAUGCGGGCACGUAAAUAAAAAUGUUGUGGAUGGGCAAGAAAGCGGGAUAUUAGGACUAGGCUAUGGUGAUGAUAAUUUCCCAACGCUAGUUAAACAAUUAGGCUCCAAAUUUUCCUAUUGCAUCGGCAACAUACACGACCCCCGGUAUCAAUACAAUCAACUCAGCUUGGGAAACAGCGCGAUCAUGGAGGGCGAUUCUACAACCCUAGAGAUUUACGAGGGUGCCUACUAUUUGGACCUCCAAGGUAUUAGCGUUGGAGAGAAGAAACUACAAAUCGACCCCAUUGUAUUCAAAAGAGGGCUUAAGGGUGAAGGAGGAGUGGUUAUUGACUCGGGAGCUACAUUCACAUUCAUCAAGGAAGAGGGGUAUGUUCCGUUGCAAAAUGAGGUCGAGAGUUUGAUGACAGGAAAGCUGAAUAGAGUGAGCCAUCCGGAGUUCUUAUGCUACGCAGGGAGUGUGGAGAGAGAUUUGACGGGAUUCCCGGUAGUCACCUUGCAAUUCUCGAGCGGCGCUCGACUCAACUUAGACAUCAACAGCAUGUUUUUCCAGUUAACAGCAGGCGUCUUAUGCAUGGCCAUCGUCAAGACGUCACCCGAUAUGUACGGCAAGUCCUUGAUUGGAGUGCUGGCACAACAGUAUCAUGAUAUAGGAUAUGACAUCGGACAGGGCAAGAUUUUCUUCCAAAGGAUUGACUUUUUGCAACUUGUGAAUUUUUUUGAAUUUAAGUUUGAUGUUCCCAUACUGAAUGGUGAGAAUUAUAAAGUUCAGAACGAGUUGGUUCUUGUUCAAUUGGGGUGGAUGGACAUUGACUAUGCUAUAAGGAAAGAAGAACCACCUGCUCUUACUGAUUUGAGUGCUCCAGCUGAGAUAGCCCUUUAUAACCAAUGGGAGGGAUCUGACCGCGUUUGUGCGAUGUUUAUAAGGGCUAAGAUAUCUCCUAGUAUUCGUGGUUCGGUUGCUCAGCCUAGCAAUGCUAAGGCUUUAUUGGAGGCCAUAGAUGUGCAGUUUGAGAGUUUUGAGAAGGCACUUGCCAUGACCCUGAUUAUGAAGUUUUCCAUCAUUAAAGCUCACUAG